AGUUUGCUAAACAUUUUAGGUCGCAUAUUGGUCCAAUUGAAGGCCUUGCGGUGAGUUUCACUUUGUGUCAUGCUUUAUUAAGACUUUUAUUAUCAGGUGGUUUUACAUCAUUUUAGUUCUGCUAAUUCUUGUGAUGCAUCCUUCUGUUUUUUUUCCUUCUCCGUCUCGAACUUACUUUGUAGUUUGUACAAGUAACAACUGUAACAUUAACAAUUUCGAGGUAUAACUCUAAUUUGCACACCUUACUGGAACGAUUCUGCACAACGACUAACUUGGCCUAUUGAAUCUGCAAGAAAAAUGUAAGUAUAGAGACACAAAAAGGAGUGCAGAACUGUAAACUGAUAGCUGUACAUGCUGGUUUGGAGAAAGGUAAAGGGGUCAAAGAGCAGCUAAAUUAUAUGAGAGCCUAGGAUACGAGGAUCCCUAAAGUCGAACCUCUUAGUGGAAGAAAGAAUGUCCAGGACAUCCCAGAGGAAUUGAGUGGAACUCCAACUAUUGUGGUGAGUGGUCACCAUGAAUGGGUUCACUGAGAACUUUUAUGACCAUGGCAAGCGAUUUAGUUUCUUUUGACAAACUGCACAGCUUGGCAACUGAGGCUGGGUUCGAGGAGGAUUUCCUGUCUCAUUUCGGAAGUAGAGUUCUCCCGAGUAAGAAUAGUGAAGACAGAGAAUUUUGGAUUGGAUUGGUUCAUAGAAAACUAUCUGUAGCACUAGAAAGAGAGAGUGUUAUCAAGGGCAGACACGAUCUUUCCAACAAGGUUGAAGAGCAAACUUUGGCUACUCUGGCACUGUUUGCGUAUCUAGGAAGAGAAUCACGGUUAUUCUUGUCGAGGCACAACAUAAAGGAUACUGAUGAACAGAUUAAAGAUUUCAUGAGGUGAUAAUCGAUGAUCAGGUGGCUCGACUUAUUUGCUGCGUACAACUGCCAGUUUUUCCAAGAAGGGAGGAGAUCUAUGAGCUAGUCGAUUCAGGCAGAGAAGGAAAUCAUCUUAUACACAGUUUUCACCAUAUGCUAUGAUGUAUCUAGGGAUUUGCUCACUACACCAGCUCAACCAGCAAACUCUAGAUUCUCGAUUGUUGGAAUUCUUGCUUCAGAGUCAGGGCCUGCUAACAGCAUGUCUGGAGGACUACUGGGCUGCUUAUGAUCGAACAAGGUAAGUUGCGUGUGCCUAUCACAUUCUUCCAGACUUUAGUCUGUAACAACUCUUUUGUUUUACUAUUCUUUCUGGUGGUUAUGAGUAAUUUGACUUUUAUGAGUCGUGAAUUAUUGCCAACUUUCUGUUCCAUUUACCAUUAAAGACGGCAGAGCCAACAAUGAGGAGAUGAUUGAAAGCUCAGAUGAGGGUGCGAGGUAAUGCACAAGCGCAGAUGAUGUGGCAAGAGGCUCUCGAUCGAUUUCUAUCGGAAUGGAGCAGCAAGACAUGACAUCCACCACCAUCUUCAUGAUUAUUAUUGUUGGAUUUGUUGUUUUAUCGAUCACUGAUUUGUACGAGAUUAAUUGAAUUUUACUUUUAAGAUGGUUUGUUAGAUACAUUAGUAGAUGGAUUUCUUGAAUAUUUAUGAAAUAUUGAUUUUUUUUUAA